AGCAAAGAGACCCAAGCCCGACAGCACCCAUCCCUUGAGAAAACCGGUAAAGCUUGGUGAUUUCUCCUUUCUUUUCUUGCUCAAUAACAAGCUUUAGGACUUAGAACUCUCUCUCUCAACCCAGAAAUUCCAGAUCUGCUCUGCUCUUCCUCCCCUAUCCGCUGGUGCUGCUAGGUACGAAUUUCUGGGCUUUUUCCGCCCCGUGAGCUUCCCCUCCAACUCCCGCCGACUAUCAAGCUCUCCAGACCCGGUUUGUUGCCGAAAAUUCGGGCAGGUUCUUGAGUAUUCUGUCACUCGAGCACUUGGCUUGAGUUUCCGGUAUUACGGAUUUGAGGAAGCGAAGUCAAGGAUGGGGAAAAACGAGGGGAGUGACGAGUUAGAAGAUUAGUCAUCUUGUAAAUUGAACAUGGACUUUAGAUAUAAAUCAUGAUCUUGUAAACUAGACUUUAUUUGGAGAUUUUAUGAUAUAAAGGCAAAUCUUAAAAAUUUUAUCUUUAGAUUUUGUGGGUUUUUCGAAUUUGAGUUUGGAUUUUUAAGAUUCAGAAAGUACUCUUUUUUAGAAACGUUGCGAUGAUAAAGUCGAGCAAAGAUACAAGAUAUGCUGUGGAUUCGGUUGUGACGCACGAUGGGCUGAAGUUUCCGUGCUGGGCCUUGCCGGAUCUCAUGUCGUUCCCCCUUAGACUGGGAAAAGAAGCUUAUGAGAAGCUGGAUGUGAUUGGUAUUGAUGAGGCUCAGUUCUUUGAAGAUCUGUAUGAUUUCUGCUGCAAGGCCGCUGAUGAGGAUGGUAAGACUGUGAUUGUUGCAGGCCUUGAUGGUGAUUACAUGAGGAGGAGGUUUGGUUCAGUUCUUGAAGUUGUCCCCCUUGCUGAUACUGUGACCAAAUUAACAGCCAGAUGUGAACUCUGUGGCAAAAAGGCCUUCUUCACCUUUAGGAAGACACAAGAGAAGGAGACAGAAUUGAUUGGUGGAGCGGAUGUCUACAUGCCUGUUUGUCGUCAACACUAUGUUAGUGGACAUGGCGUCAUUGAAGCUGCGAAGACCGUCCUUGAAUCCCCUAAAAUUGAGAAUGAAGCCAAUCUUCUUGCAGCCUCUGCAAUCUAAGGAGAAAAGAAGUCGAUCUACAACAAUGGAUGGCGUUCUUGACAUAUAGUUUUUGUAGUCCUUGCAGCAUGCUAAAGCUGACUCUUAUCAUGUUUAGGGUUAAAGCAACUAUAGUCCCUCUAUUUUUCAUUUUUUGUUCGUUGUCCUCCCUGUACUUUGAAAUUGUUCAAAGAUCUCCCUCUACUCUCCCCAAACAUACUACUGUAUUACCUCUAGUUUUAAUUUUCAU